GAUAACUUUAAUUUAAAUUUUUUCAUUACUGGGCUCAGGCAGUGUGAUUCUUGUUCAGGUAGGAGCAAUAACCCUAACUCCUGGCUACGUCAUUGCUUGUUUACCACAAUGCAUGAUGGGUGAUAACCAGGGUCAGUGCCGCUAUAUUUUUUACUUUUGUCUUUGUUAAACACUGCAUUGUUCUGUCUAACUGGUUUUAACCACGCCUAAAGUGAAUUGUUAUGUGCUUUUCUGUGUCUCCACAACAAAGAGAACACCUAAUUUGAGCUUUUAUCAGCUGCCAUUUGAGAAGAAAGAAAUGGAUAAGUUUAAUUUGCAACAAAAAUCUUUGAACUGAAUCGAAAUGGACAAGUGCUUGUAGCUUACAUUUCUCUGGUGGGAAAAAGACGUAUUUAAACUUUGACCCAGCAAUAUUUCCAUGGUCUGCGGAAUGGCCUUCGGAUAUAGAUGAUUAUAACAAUCAACACUGUUCAUCAUUUGAAACUAGUGAUAUUCCAAAGCCUGUAAAACAAAAGUAUUUUUUGGCCUAGGGCUGCACGAUAAAUUGUUAAAAAAAUCGUGAUCUCGAUUCACACAUACACGUGAUCUCAUUUCAAAACACAGCGAUUCUUAAGCAUUUUAUUUCAUGAACAGCAUCACAAACAAAUGCUCUCAUUUCUUCCUGGAUUUUUUCAAGCGCCCCUAAAGGCAGCACUGCCGCUGACUCCUCCCUCGACCUAUGGUAAAGCAUCUUUACAACACGUUAUUCAGUCAUUGGAGGAAGCCUGCCUGCAGUUGAGUGUGUGGAAACAGUGAGGGAGAGAAGCAGAAGAAAUGGAUUGCGAAGAAACCCCAGGUGGUAGUGGUGAGAGUCACCCAAAGACCCGAAUCGAGCUCGUGCCCAAAAAGGGUUCGCAUUCGGCGGUGUGGAAGUAUUUUGGGUUUAAGCCAGAUGAUGACAAACAGUCUGAGGUGCAUUGCAAAGUGUGUUCUGCCCUCAUUGAAGCACCGCAAGGCAACACCAUUAAUCUCUACAAUCACCUGAAACAUCACCACAAAGUAGAGUAUGAUGAAGCCGUACAAGGCAAGAAACAAACACAAACACAGACGACAAUAACCAGGACCUUGUACAAUACAACGCCAUACCCACCAAACUCCAGUAGACACAAGGAGAUCACAGCAGCUAUCACAUAUCACCUGGCAAAAGAUAUGGCACCGAUAAACACUGUACAACAUGAGGGAUUUCGGAAGAUGAUAAACACUCUCGACAAAUGGUACUCUAUCCCCUCCCGCAACUUCUUUUCAAAUGUUGCGCUCCCCGAUAUGUACAAUAAACAGUGGGCAGUGGUCGAGGCAGAAUUGUGGGAAAUCGUUCAUUUUUCUGCUACGUCUGAUUUAUGGUCCACUCGGACCAUGGAACCGUAUUUGAGCCUGACAGUUCAUUUUAUAGCGCCUGAUUUCACUAUCAAAAGCCGGUGCUUACAGACAGCUUUUUUCCCCGAAGACCAUACAGGCGAGGCCCUAGCACAGGGAUUAAAAGAUGUCCUCGCAUCAUGGAGUCUGAACAAGGAUAAAUUGACCUGCAUCACAACAGACAAUGGUCAAAACAUAGUAAAAGCCAUCUCCCUCAACGAUUGGACCAGGCUCCAGUGUUUUGGACAUCGACUCCAUCUGGCAAUAGAGAAUGCAAUGAAAGAUUCCCGAGUUGAGCGUGCUGUAGGUCUUUGCAAAAAGAUUGUGGGCUCCUUCAGUCACAGCUGGAAACGGAGGAGAGACCUUAGUGAGGCCCAGAAGGAACUCAAACUACCUGAGCAAAAACUUAAAACAGAGUGCCCAACAAAAUGGGGGUCGAGGCUAGGGAUGUUAACCGAUGACCGUUUGACCGGUGGUUGACCGAAUCAGUGUCAACUGGUUAAUUUUUUUUUUGGUUGUCGGUGAAAAAAAAAAAUCAAUCGUUUUGAAGCUGCCAAUUUUAGAGCGGAGAACCUGGAAUUCUGUGUUGUAAACGCUUGGGGCAUGCCAUGCAGUGUAAGGACGACAGAUGACAAAUCAAAAACACCCAUUCAGUCAUGUCCCGCCCUCCCGCCCCAGUUAAAGACAGCUGACAAAUCAGAAACACCCAUUCAGUCAUGUCCCGCCCCAGUUGAACACAGCUGCCACUCGGCAAAAGAAAAAAGUGUAGACACAGGCUUUUUAGCUUACAAAUUACUAUUCUGUUUUUUUUAAAAAUUAUUAUUAGAAGGCACAUCGAGUUUAGUCCUGCCUUGGCCAGUGCAUUCUGAAAGUAUGUUUCGGUCUGUAGCCAACAAUGCAUGUUAUUGCAGAUCAUAUCUCUCCACACAAACUAAAGGCGCAGAUGCCGACUUUUUCACGGCUUUUUCAUGGACUGUAACGGCAUUUGCUUAUGUAGUAAUUUUAAUACAGAAUUUACUCUGAUGAAAUUAUUCAGACACUCCAACGCCCCCCCUAAAAAAAAUCGGAUCUGCACGAGCCGUGAAAAAGGCGCGCCGUUUGCAUCCCUGUUUAAACUCCUAGGUUAACCGACUUUAACCGGCUAAUGAGGCUCGGUGGUCGGUCAAGAUUUUUUUUAGUUUUCGCCAUCCCUAGUCGAGGCAAGCGAUGGUCCAGAGGAUACUUCAACAGCUUCCAGCCAUUUCAUAUGUACUGUCCCCUAAUCAGAAGGCUAGACACUUGAUCCCCACAUGGCAAGAUAUUGAAGUCCUUGAAGCAAACAACAAUGCCCUCUGCCCACUGACCGACUUCACUGAUGCCCUCUCCGGAGAACAAUAUGUGAGCAUCUCCUCUGUGAAACCGGUUCUCCACCUUUUUGAAACCUCCGUUUUGGUUGUGCAAGAAGAUGACACAGAUUUUACAAAAUCACUCAAGGCAAAAAUCCUGGGAUACCUGCAGGAGAAGUACAGAGACUUGAAAAGUCAGGAUCUACUCGACAUAGCCACCACUCUCGAUCCGAGAUUCAAAAUGGAUUACAUCAGUGAGGAGAAUAAAGCCACAGUUAAAGUAAGACUGACAGAUGAGAUGACUGGUGUAUCUCAAGCUAUGCAGAGCCUCCCAUCGGCUGCCUCCCCUGCACUCCCCAUGAAGAAGGGCCGAAAGACUCUUGGAAGUUUCUUCAAAGCAGCAAAAGCCAGUGAGGAGGCUGAUUCCACCAACCAAAAACAAGCAGUGUCCUCAGAGCUGGCUUCAUAUCUUUUGACUAGCAACAUUGAUAGUGAAGAUGACCUCUUAAUCUGGUGGGGGCAAAAUAAGGGUCAAUAUCCACGACUGUCUGUUCUAGCGAGGAAAUAUCUGUGCAUUCCCGCUACAAGCUCACCUUCUGAACGGCUGUUCAGUACAGGGGGGAACAUUGUGACAUGUCACCCUACAUCACUGAAGCCUCAGCAUGUUGACAGACUUGUGUUUUUGGCAAAGAAUCUUUAAGCCAAUUCUGCAGUGCUGUGUUCAGGGCCAUGUUCAGGACCAUAUGCUCUACGUCCUAAGGAAUUCUCAUUGUUUGAUGUGCAUAUGAUGAUAAGAGGAAGUUGUUAUCAGCCACAUAUCUCAAUUUUUUUUGCUACUACUACUGUGCCUCUGCCAAAGCAAAGUUCCUGCAGCUCCUGCUAACAAGCCUAUUGUUCAAACGUUUGAUACUCUACCUGAAUGACCAUUUGAAUGUUUUUUUUUGUUUGUUUUGUGUAAUAAACAGUGCAAUAAACAUUUUGUAUAAAAAAUUGUGCCAAAGAAUCGUGAUCUCAAUUCUAAGCAAAAAAAUCGUGAUUCACAUUUUUUCCAGAAUCGUGCAGCCCUACUUCGGCCUUUGCCUUUCAACGUGCCGAAGCACUCGGCAGCCGAAUGAGCCUGUCAGACCGAUAAAACUCCCAAACCACAAAGUGUUCUCUUUUGGGUAUGAAUAAUGUUCAGUGUAUUUCACUAGCAGCAUUUAUUGAAGUAAAUGCAUUUAUACUGAACAUGACAUGGCAGAUCAGCGGGUUUCCAAAAAUUUUUUUUGUAAUGUUUCCUGAUAUCAAGUUUUAUUGAACUAAUCACUCAUUUAUAAAUGUUUUGAUAAGACAUUCUGAGAUUUGAUGUUGUUGUACAGUGUGGCAGACUCGGUCAAUCUCUAGGUUGUAUGAAUUCUUGUCACUUAUAUCUUACCUUCUCACCAAGCUUGAUUUGGAUUCAGAUUUUCCUGCUGUAAACCCUUGACAUGUUAUCCACCUCUUUAAAUCACCAAUUUCAUUGUAUUCCAUGACAGAGCACAGCAAAAAUGCUCCUCUCACAUUGCUCUCAUGUAAAAUUAAUCUGACAUCCGCUAUAUUGCACAAGUACCGACCCCGGCUAUCCCUCAUAAUGUCAUGCUCUGCCCCGGACAUCCACUCCGGAGCUUACGGAUCUCCCACGUCAGUGCUGAUCCGGAUCCGGGAUGGGAAUUCCAUCCUGCCUGCUUCCCUGUGCAGCGAGCGCUCACCUGAAUUCACUUCCUGGUUUUCACUGCUGCCUAUAUAAACGUCGUUCUCAGACUCAGACUUUACCAGAAUGUCUCGUUUGUUUACCCUUUCUGUGCCUCUAAUGCUUUUCAUGGUUUUCUCUCUAGUGUU